AAUAUGAGUCGUAAAUUUGACUGCAUAAGAGACAUCAGCGACAGGAAGGAAACAUGGAGACUGGCUGUUCGAAUUAUUGAUGUAUGGAGCGUUGUUAACAGUAAGGGUGCUGAACAUCUGGAGAUGGUUAUCAUGGAUGCUGCGGGUGAUCGAAUUCAAGUUUUGAUUAGGGCUGAUCAUACAGAUAAGUGGAAACCAAGAAUUCAAGAGAAUAUGACUUGCAUAAUCAACAACGGGACUGUAUUUGAUAACGAUUUCCAGUGGAAGCUGUGUGACCAUUCAAAGAAAUUCGUGUUCCUUGGUGGUACGACCAUGAAACAAAUGGAUUUACAAAAUAUGCCUCCUCUGAAGUAUUAUUUCAAAAAGUUUUGCGAAAUCAAUGCUGGAAAAUGUCAUCUUAACAGGCUUGAAGAUAUUAUAGGCGUUGUACAUGAGAUAAACAAUAUGCAAUCAAACACUCCAGGAAAGAAGACAUUUGUGGCCCUCAGUAUCAAAGAUUUGAGCGGCGACAUCAUUAACUGCACCUUAUGGGAGAGCUAUGGUAUUAAGUUUUUGGAAUAUUAUAAUGAUCCAACAAACACGGGUGCUAUCGUCAUCAUACUAACCCAUGCAAUGAUCAAGGAUUCUCAGGGUUUGCUUUUAUUUUAUUUUUUUCUGCUGUUGCCUUAUCACAUUUUUUCAACUAUGUUGUAAUCUUUUUUUUUUCUUCAAUCAGUAUCCAAUGCAUGGAGUGGUUCAAAGCUGCUAAUCAACGAAGAC